CAAAGAGAUGUCGGAAGCACGAAAGAGGGCAACUCGGAGGCCUCGUGAGAGCCUCCACUUCUCGUUGAAGCCCUUCAAGGCUCUGCGAGGCGUGAAGCGGCACGAGAACGACGCCCCGAAGGAGACCCCGUCCGCUGAGCCCCGGCAGCAUCUGUGUCAUGUGCACAGACACGGCACGAGAGACAGAAAGGAAGGCUCGGAGGAGAAGAGCAGCGGCGAUGCAGCUGGGCUGCCAAUCCUACCACUCAGGUUCGAGGAGGCGCUGGACCAGUUCCUCUCGGCGAGAGAGGUAGGGACACCAACACAAGACAAAGGGCAAAAGACAACCGACGUGCGGGCUGUUGUUAUCGCAGGAUGUGUACCUACCCAGCCGCAACUCGCCCACUUCCCGGUCAUCGACCGACAACGGAUUUCGGUGCACGCUGUCGGACCUCUUCGACUUGGAGAGCCCCAUCACGCAGAAGGCCCAGGGUGACAACGACGAGCCCGAGGGGCGCGUGAAGCCCAUGUCCAAUCUAUUCGAGGAUGAAUCGGACAUGGGAGACGACAGGGAGGGGGAGGGAAAGCCUGCCGCCGACAAAAGGAGAAGAAAACGGAGACCACAGCCGCCGCAGAGGGAAUCGUGGCAGGUACACAAUGUAUAUGGCUCACUGGACAUUCAUGGUGCAGGAUGGUUCGGUUGGUGUGCCGUGUUUGUGCCGGACAGGAGAUUCUGUGUUACAAUCCGCGGCAGUACCAUGAGUUGGUCAUUUGUGUGACGGGAGUGCUGGGCCGCGAUAUUUUCGCCGCAAAGCACCUGACGUUUGACCAGUUCCGCCAAUGCUUCGAAACGGCAUACGGCGAGCUGCAAGACAUGAACUUCCAGGUGGACAUGCAUAAAAUGCCGCAUGACACUGUCUGUCUGUGUCGCUCCCAGAUCCGGCGAUGGAGAAUGAGAAGCUUUCUAGUGAAGCCAUACACCGCAAGUAAGCCCUACCCCAGCGAUUGAGUGGUCUUUCCCAUCCUACCAUCAUCCCUAUUCUCCUCCCUGUCUCAGUCCCCACUCCCUGCCGCCCCAAACACCGCCCAGUGCUGCCCGCGCGCCGGCUGUCGCGACGGCCGCAGCCACUGGAAGGCGACCAAUCGCCUGUGGUCGACUCAGCCAGAUCGGCGUCAUCCUGUGCGCGAGAGAAGAGAGCAGGCCGCGGCCGACGGGUGUCGCCGUCGCUGCAGCAGAGGAGGAAGAAGCCGGCCAUCCGGCUGGUGGUGUUUCUGGGCGGCAAGGACAUGCUUGCUCUCGACUGGCUGGAGUUUCUGGCGAUCCAUUACGAGGCCAAGAGACGGAGGGGGGAGGGGAGUCCGGGUGGGAGAAAGAGGGAGAGGACGGCAUUGCUUCUGGUAGAUUACCCCGGGUAUGGUGUUUGUGAGGGGAGCCCGAAUGUCGAGACGCUCUGUGAGACGGCAAUCGCGGUCAGCCACAGAGAGGCAGAGACCUAAUGUGGUGUGGACCGAUCACCAGAGAUCGUGUCUCUCUCCAUCCAUUAGGCCAUCCGUGAGGGCCUGUCAUGGCUUCGCGGCCGGCACCCCUCCUCACCUCUGAAGCUGCAUCUUCUGGGCUAUUCGCUGGGCACGUCAGUCGCCCUCAAGACGGCCACAAGCAUCCUCAGAGAUCCCUCAACAGUCAUCCCCCCAACACCGCCCGUCCCCCUUGCUUCGCUAUCCUCUUUCCUGGACUGCCCCUGCAUACACGCCAUCCCGAGGCCGACCAUCCCGCCAAUCGACCUUUUUGCGGCAGAGAGGGACGCGAGGAAGGAGGACGGGGAGGGUGAGACAUGUUCUGCUGAUGGUGCUGAUGAUUGUCCGGGCGGUGCACCUGCCCUGCUGUCAUGCGGGGGAUCGUCGAGGCUGAGCCGGCUAUCCGAUUCGGUGUUUCUUGACGCGCCUGAGGUGAUUGACCCGUUCACCCCGUCACGCAUGGCUGAUGUGGAGAGCCGGGUUGACGCCAUCUGCGGCAACAACUUCGACUUUCUCGAGGUGCUCUCGCUGCCAAGGUACACACAGAGAGACAGGCGCACAUUCACAGACCGUUUUGUAUCUGCCUGUGUCAAUCAAUGGGUGGUCGGUUACAUCUGCAGUGAGGACGCCACUCCGCCCUGCUUGUCGAUGCCGGCUUUCCCAAACUCUCCCAAUACGGCCAACGGAGCUGCUGUGAAGCAGAUAGAGGUAACGGCGUCCACCAGUGUGUCAUCGGCGUUCUCAACGCCACUCGUGGACACGCCGGAGAGUCAGACGAGAGAGGGGCCUCGCCGAAGCUCAUCUGCUGCUUCCCAACUUCCGCCUUUGCCUGAGUGAGUGUGUGUGUGUCACUUUCUGUGUGCAGAAGAUGUCUCUGUGUCUGUGUGUCCAUUAGCUUUCAUUUGGAAGGGCUGAGCUUGAUGGCCCCGUUCACCAACACGGAGGCCAUGGCGACUGAGCUGCUGAGGUCUGUGGGCCUGUGGGGCCCGCCGCAGCUCAUGGCCUUCUUCCUCAAAGGCCUCGUCGCACCAUCCGUCAAGUAAGUACGUGAGAGACUGAGCGCCCGACAUAGAGGGACGUCACCACAUCGAUUGAGACACGCAAGCCAUCCUACGUUGUGUUGGUCGCCAGGUGGGACAAUCUGUCGGCCCUUAAGGAUCUGAUUGAGCUGCAGCUGGGCGGUCAACCGUCUCCCGCCUGUUGCAAGCCGCCUUCCCUCACGGUGUCGAUAGUCCACGGCAGCGACGACGCCCUGACGCCCCCAGCCAUGGGUGAGCAGCUGGCCAACGUGGCCCACCGAUGUGUGCGUGAGGGGCGGCUCAAGCACGCCGCCCAUGUGCUGGUGAGCAACGACAGCGGCAAGAGCAUCCGGCAGAUCCUGGGGGAACAGAAGAGGAAGAUGAUACCUGAUGUGCAGAUUCACGUACGCAUCGAGGGAAAGGGAAGAAGAGAGAGAGGAAGGGAGGGCAGGCCAAGCGCAUACAUACAUCGUGUGUAUUUGGUUGCAGUAUUCGACGGUUGAGGGUGCUGACCACGGGUCGAUUCUCGUGACUGAGCGGCACGUGCUGGAGGUCCUCAAACAUGUCAGACUCGAUUGACUGACUGACGAGAAGCGCUUUUCUCUCUCUCUCUUGUGUCGUUUGAGCUCUGGGCGGGACAGACAGACAGACAGACGUCAGCUUGGACGUUAGGUCUCAAGGCCGCCGAGUGGCGGUGUUGCUUUGGUGUUGUGCGGUGUGGUGUGCUGUGUUGCGGUGCAGCACAUGUACAAAACGAACGAUGGACUGCUAUUUUUCCUUCCCCUCCGAGUCAAUUUCUGGAUGCGGGCGGAUACAUAGACCGUG